AUGGCGGUGCCCGGCGAGGCGGAAGAAGAUGCGGCAGUUUACUUAAUAGUGAGUGGCAUCCCCUCGGAGUUGCGCUCGGCCCAGCUACGGAGCUACUUCAGCCAGUUCCGGGAACAGAGCGACUGUGGCUUCCUUUGUUUCCAUUACCGCCAUCGUCCUGAGCGGGCCCCUCCGCAGGCCACUCCCGCAUCUGCCCUAACUCCUACCGGCCAGAGUCCUGCCCAGACUUACGUCACCGAUGGCCGCACUCGGGACUCUGCCCCGGCCCAGACCCGCACCUGCUGCUGCGUGGUCUCCGUACGAGGGGCCGCUCAAGCCCAGAAGUUUCUUCGCAUGUACUCCGGCCGCCAGUGGUUAGAUUCUCAGGGGACUUGGUUGCCCAGUCGUUGUUUCAUCCGCAGACUUCGGCUACCUACUGAGGCAGCAGGUUUGGGCUCCUUUCCCUUCAAGACCCGGAAGGAACUGCAGAGUCGGAAGGCUACGAGUGAAGCCUUCACUCUCGCUGACCUGAGGCAACUGCCAGAGCUGAACCCACCAGUGCUAAUGCCUAAUGGGAAUGUGGGGACGCCCCUGCAGGUCUUUUUGGAGUUGAUUCGGGCCUGCCGCCUGCCCCCUCGGAUCAUCACCCAGCUGCAGCUCCAGUUCCCCAAGACAGGCUCCUCCCGACGCUAUGGCAAUGUACCAUUCAGGUAUGAGGACUCAGAGACUGUGGAGCAGGAAGAGCUUGUGUACACGGCUGAGGGUGAGGAAAUACCCCAGGGAACCUGCCUGACAGACAUACCAGCCAGCCCCUGUGGAGAGCCCGAGGAAGAAGAGGAAAAGGAGGAGGAAGAAGAAUCACACUCAGAUGACGACGAUGACCGGUGUGAGGAGUGGGAACGGCAUGAGGCGCUGCAUGAGGAUGUGACCGGGCAGGAGCGGACCACUGAGCGGCUCUUUGAGGAGGAGAUCGAGCUUAAAUGGGAGAAGGGCGGCUCUGGCCUGGUGUUCUACACAGAUGCCCAGUUCUGGCAAGAGGAAGAAGGAGACUUCGAUGAACAGACAGCCGAUGACUGGGACGUGGACAUGAGUGUGUACUACGACAGAGAUGGUGGAGACAAGGAUGCCCGAGACUCUGUCCAAAUGCGCCUGGAACGGAGACUCCGUGAUGGCCAGGAGUACGGCUCUGUGACUGAGUGCCAGGUGGGCACCUUUGAGCGCCACACCAAGGGCAUUGGACGGAAGGUGAUGGAGCGACAGGGCUGGGCUGAGGGCCAGGGCCUGGGCAGCCGGUGCUCAGGUGUGCCUGAGGCCCUGGAUAAUGAUGGCCAGCACCCCAGAUGUAAGCGUGGACUGGGGUACCACGGAGAGAAGCUACAGCCAUUUGGGCAACUGAAGAGGCCCCGUAGAACUGGUUUGGGACUCAUCUCCACCAUCUAUGAUGAACCCCUGCCCCAGGACCAAGGGGAGUUGCUGCUCCGACGCCAGCCACCCACCAGCAUGAAGUUUCGGACAGAUAUGACCUUUGUGAAGGGUUCCAGCUCCGCCUUUGACAACUUCUCAGAGCCUGAGUGA